AUGCCUUUAAUUUCAAGAUUCAAGAUCAGAUUACUUUUCUUCUUUGUUUCCUACCGCUGAUGCUACUCAACUUCACCUCAUAUAAUUUAUUUUUGAUUUCAGGGUUGCCAUAUUAGGGGGUUUUCCCCAAAAACCAGGGGAUUUUUAUUUGAAUCGAGAAGAUUUUGGGGAGAUUUUUUUACUGGGAAGGUAUUAUGUAAAAUGUUAUUUUAUUAUAAAAUUGCCUGUUUAAAAAAUUGAAAAUUUGACCCUUUCGAGGAGCUUUCAAAACGUUUUGGAAGCAUAAAACAGAUUAAGCUUUUAGCUGUCCCAAAUAUCCUAGACCCUUUUGCGCAAGAAGGAAAUAAAUACUGAAAAAGCAGGGCAAAAUCAUAUUAAUAUUGUUGAAAAAUCUGA